AUGAUAUCACACACAAGCAACAGGGACAACAACAACCACCCCCCCACCAGUACCAGACCCCCCCCCCCCGAAAGGGAAAAAAAAAAAAAACUGUCCACCCAUCCAAGGCCCCCGACAACCCCAUUCCUAGCCUCGGACCACCAAGAUUCCAAAAAGCACCUCCUCCUCGCGACGACGGGCUCGGUAGCGACCAUCAAACUCCCGCAGCUGCUUAAGGCCCUCUCGCAGACCUUCUCCCCGGAGUCCCUGACGAUCCACCUCCUCCUGACGCGCUCCAGCGAGAACUUCCUCACGCCCGCGGACCUGGACGAAGCGAGCGCGAACCCGCUGGUCUCGCGCGUGUGGCGCGACGCGGACGAGUGGGCCUUCCCGUCCGGGGGCGUGUACACGCGCGAGUGUCCGGUCCUGCACAUCGAGUUGCGCAAGUGGGCUCACGUGCUCGUCGUCGCCCCGCUCAGUGCCAACACGCUCAGUUCCGUCAUUGUCGGGAGGUGCGAUGGGUUGCUGCUGAGUGUCUUGCGCGCUUGGGAUUGGGGUCGGGGUGGGGUUGUUGUCGCGCCGGCUAUGAAUACGCUCAUGUGGACGCAUCCCGUUACGCGGGGCCAGGUGGAUACGUUGAGGGAGUGGGGGGUGGAGGUUUUGAUGCCGGUGAGUAAGGUGUUGGCAUGUGGGGAUGAGGGGGUUGGAGGGAUGGUUGGGGUUGAGGUGAUUGUCGAGGCGGCUGGGAGGAGGUUGGGCAUUUCGUCCGUGGAGGAGGAGGAGGAGGAGGAGGAGGAGGAAGAGAAGGUGGUUGAGGUGGUUGGACGAGUUGAAGGAUAG